UUGGAGCAUUCAUACUCUUCAGAAACAGAGAUUAUUGAAUCUUUGGGGAUUAUAAUUUAUAAAGCGUUGGACUAUGGUUUGAAGGAGAAUGAAGAACGAGAGCUCAGUCCUCCGUUGGAGCGGCUUAUUGAUCAUAUGACCAACACAGUGGAAGCAGAUGGGGGUAAAGAUGAAGGCUAUGAGGCUCUGGAUGAAGGGGUGGAGGAAGAUGAUGAAGAUGAAAAAGAGGUUGAGGUCAUUCACUCCUAUAAAGAUGUUAUGAAGUUGUGUGCUGCCCACCUACCAACACGAUCAGAGGCACCAAACCACUAUCAGGCAGUAUGUCGUGCAUUGUUUGCUGAAACAAUGGAAUUGUACACGUUCCUAGCAAAAAUUAAAAGUGCAAAAGAGAAUCUGAAGAAGAUUCAGGAGAUGGACAAAGAAGGGAGUGAUGAAUCCAGCACAGACCUUGAUGAGUUGAAAAAUGCUGAUUGGGCUCGUUUUUGGGUACAGGUGAUGCGAGAUUUGCGGAAUGGUGUAAAACUUAAAAAGGUUCAAGAGCGUCAGUACAACCCUCUCCCAAUAGAAUAUCAGCUCACGCCCUACGAGAUGCUGAUGGAUGAUAUUAGAUCUAAGCGCUACACCUUAAGGAAGGUUAUGGUCAGUGGUGAUAUUCCACCUCGAUUAAAAAAGAGCGCUCAUGAAAUAAUCCUGGAUUUUAUCCGAUCACGACCUCCAUUAAACCCUGCAUCUGCAAGAAAACUGAAACCAACGCCACCUCGACCACGCAGCCUCCAUGAAAGGAUAUUGGAGGAAAUCAAGGCGGAAAGAAAGCUGCGUCCUGUCUCACCAGAUGAGGUCAGGCGUAGCAGGCUAGAUGUAUCCACUCCAAAGUCUUCAAGAAAAUUAGCAGAUAGCUCCAUAGUGAAUGGUGGCUUGACACCCCAAGGAAAGCUGAAUGGUCUUGGCACUACCCAAGUGACAGGACAGCGAAAGAGACUCCUUAAAGCCCCUACUUUGGCUGAACUGGACAGUUCAGAUUCUGAGGAGGAAUCUAUGCACAAAUCAACAAGCAGCAGCAGCGCGUCUCCCACACAAUUGGAAGAUGCUUCUCAAGAGAGCAGGAGGAUGCCUCCGAAGUUCUUGCCAAUAUCGUCUACACCUCAGCCAGAGAGGCGGCAACCUCCUCAGAGACGACAUUCAAUUGAAAAGGAAACUCCAACUAAUGUGAGACAAUUCCUGCCACCUUCGAAACAGAGCUCAAGGUCACUUGUUCCUAGGAUAACCAGUCUCUUUCCAAGGACGACUUUCAGGCCACUUUUUUCAACCAUACAAACAGCUUCUUUGUUCAACUCUCAUCCUUUUGAAGCAGCCAUGUUUGGGGUGGCAGGGGCUAUGUAUUAUCUCUGUGAGAGAGCUUUUACCAGCAGGUGGAAACCCGCAAAGGAGGAAUUUUGUUACCCAGUGGAAUGCCUAGCUCUGACUGUGGAGGAAGUCAUGCAUAUCCGUCAGGUACUAGUGAAGGCAGAGUUGGAAAAGUACCAGCAGUAUAAAGAUAUCUAUACUGCCCUUAAGAAAGGAAAGCUCUGUUUCUGUUGUCGAACAAGGAGGUUUUCUUUCUUCACAUGGUCGUAUACCUGUCAGUUCUGUAAGAGGCCUGUAUGUUCCCAAUGUUGCAAAAAAAUGCGAUUGCCAUCAAAGCCAUAUUCCACUCUUCCUAUCUUUUCUCUUGGACCUUCUGCCUUGCAGAAAGGAGAAAGUUUUAUGAGACCUGAAAAGCCAUCUACCAGCCAUCACCGGUCACUGAGGAGUAUGCCCAGGUUGCCCUCAAGGUCCAAGUCUGUGGAUAAGUCAAACGAAGAGCUACAGUUUCCCAAGGAGUUAAUGGAGGACUGGAGCACUAUGGAGGUGUGUGUGGACUGCAAGAAAUUUAUUUCAGAAAUCAUCAAUUCAAGUCGACGCAGCCUCUCUCUGGCCAACAAGCGAGCCAGGUUAAAAAGGAAAACACAGUCAUUCUACAUGUCAUCCCCAGGAACCUCUGAAUACUGCCCUUCUGAGAGAACUAUCAAUGAAAUCUGAACCCUGUGCCUUUUUCUUUUUCUUUUUUUGUCUUCUUGAGAUCCACAUCUGUGAGAGAUCAACUGAUUGUCUUUCUUUCUCUUUGUUUUACUUACUGGGCUUAAAUUUGCAUUAGGUGGCAGAGUUUGCUAGUUCACGGUUUCCAGAGAUGCUGAAUAAUACAUUCAUGUUUCUGCAAGAUGGCAACAGGUCAGCCAAUAAUUCAUGUGCACUGGAGGAAAAUAAUAAUUUGAAAUUGUUGCCUCUGUGCUUGGAAGCUAGAAAGCCUUUAGUUGCAUUCAGAUUUUUUUUAACCAAACUGAAUCAUUUUCAGGAGAGGCGCUGAAAUGUAUGCCUACUGGAGAACCAAAUCUAGCCAUGUCAAUGUUAGCACAGUUUAAGCAGUAAGUCAUAUUGGCAUUAUCAACCGAAUAGUGUUCAUGUUCUAGUUUAUAUGGCACACACAGCCAUGUACACUACACCAAAUGCCUAGUGUGGGCUGUGUAGCUCAUAUGGUCUCUUAGCACAAAACCAAGAACAAUUCAUGAAGGGUUUAAAGUGAUCUUUCUUUCAGCUCUGAGAUCAUGGUUUAGCAUGGGACUUUAUCUGUGUUCCAGUGCAAAAUUGGUGUAUGCCCAAAGGGGUGGUCAUUUUCCCUGAGCUGCUGUACUUCUAAGCCCUGGCAUAUUUGUAAGUGUCUCCUGUGCAGGUCUUAGUAGUUUAUGUCUUAUCUUGAAUGUAUUAUGAUUAUUGAUGGUAGCAGUAGUAAUAGUAAUACUUUUAGUAGUAGAUAGAGCUGUAGACUUUAUGGGGAGGGUGGGGAAUAAGUGGGGCUUCUAAUUUUAACUGAAUUCCUGUAAGUAUGUAACAUGGUUACCCAGCAAGAAGUGUGGGUAAUGUGUAUAUUUGUAUUAUAGUGGAACACAAGCACUACUAUAAUUAUGUGCCUGAGAUCGUAUCCAUUAUAAACCCCAU